CAUACCCUACCGUCACUCGCUUGGAAAUCUUCAAGAUCACCGCAGAUUAUUUUAUGAUUUUUAGUGAAUAAUUGGCCCUUUCAUAUUGGUGUAUUUUCAAUGAGUCUCUUUGUUGAGUAGGGUCCACUCGAAAUCAUUAAUCAAACAACGAGCACCUCGUCUAAGAGCUCAAUUAUGAUCCAAUGACUGUUACGGCGGACGAUAUCGCUGCGCUGGUAUUAAAACAUUAUGACGCGCUGCCUGCGAAAAGGAAACCCGUUGUUAGAGGAAAUGGGCUUAGAGAAUGGGUUCCGUUGGCGGGUAUAGUGGCGCAAGGAAAAGAUGAUGAAUUAUGGUGUUUAUCCCUCACGACUGGCAUGAAAUGCCUUCCUACAUUAAAAAUAUCACAGGCACAAGGAAAUAUCCUACAUGAUUGGCAUGCUGAAGUACUAGCCAUUCGAGCGUUCAAUCGGUUUGUGCUAGACGAGUGUAAAGUCUUAGCUGAAGGAGGCUUUUCCGAGUACUUACGAUGGCGAACUCCUCUGGGCCAACAACAAGAUGAGGCAUGGCACGCCCAACCUUUCACCUGGAAACAAGACAUCACUUUACAUAUGUAUUGUUCUGAAGCGCCAUGCGGCGACGCAAGCAUGGAAUUAAUAAUGGCCUCACAAGAGGACGCUACACCAUGGGAUCUACCGCCAGCAACUCUCCCUAACACCGAUCCUAAUACAGCCUCCACCCUUUCUACCCUUCCAGGCAGAGCCUACUUCUCCCACCUUGGCAUCGUCCGGCGCAAGCCCUCACGCCCCGACGCCCCCGCUACCCUCUCCAAAUCCUGUUCCGACAAACUAGCUCAGAAGCAAUGCACAUCUCUACUCGCUUCAACGACUAGUUUGCUCGUUGACCCUUCCCAUGUAUACAUACACACCCUUAUCCUCCCAAAAUCCCGAUAUAGCGAGUCCGCCUGUCGGCGCGCAUUCUCUUCCGAAGGGCGUAUGAGAAGCUUGACUCAUCCAAGCCACAACGACGAGAAACGAGGAGGCUAUACCUUCCGCCCAUUCACCGUCGAAACUACUACCCUUGAGUUCGAAUUUUCGCAAAGGAGUGUGGCCGGACCUGCCGACUCUAGUAGCGAUGACAAAAGCAUCGAUGAACAGGAGAAUCGAACACAAACAUUAGUGAAGAUAGCACCUAGCAACAUAUCCGCAGCAUGGACACGCACACAACCCUCAGAAGCGACACUAGGUGGGGUGCUACAAGGACGGAAGCAAUCAGCCGCGGACGAUAAGGGGGCGAGUUUCGCAUCACGACGACGGAUGUGGGAAAUUGCUGUUGAGGUAGCUGAUGUACUUCCAUUUUUGCCGAAAGGAAAAUUGGAAGACGAAGGCGUAAAGGGCAUCCGCAGGGCACUUAGAUCGGAAACAUAUGGUGGGAUAAAAGACUCAGUGCUACUGGAGCCCCGAAGGAAAGCUAAGGAAGAGGCUAGAGUAGAGGCGCUGAAAGGAUGGGUGAGGAAUCUGGGAGAUGAAUCCUUUACGUUAAAGUCAACGUGACUAGUAGCCGCUACUUAGCUACUACUCCUCGAUAGAAUGGAAUCCGAGAUGAAAUAUACGGAAUAGUCACUCAAAAAGACCACGGGUUUGAAACAGAUUUCUUCUUUUUGGUACAGGCUGCAGCGUCGGAUUCCUCACUACCACGCUGCUCACGAAAAUAGGUGUACCUAGAUAACCUCGCUAGCAUAACUUGACGAAAAUCAACGUAAGUUGCUGUUAUAGUUAGGAAAUGGGGGCGAAGGCAUGAUUUGUGUCGCG